AUGGAUUGUGUAGCCACAGCACUCAUUGUCGGCGUCAGCGUCGGCGGCGUGCUCUGUCUUGCGCUCAUUGGCUGGUACUGCAUUAAGCGACGCCGACGCGCUGAUGUCAAGGCAACGCCGCUCAUUGGAUGGGUCGCGACGACGGCGGCCGACUGCUCGAACGACACGGGCGCAAUCGACGUCUCGCCCCUUUAUCGCUGUCGCCUCGACACGGGGUCUGUCGUCCUCUACUCGAUUGCGGGCCGCGGCGCGUUUGCCGAAGUGUGGCGCGGCUCGUACAACGGCGUGAACGUGGCCGUCAAGAAGCUCCAGCGUGCGUGGCAGUCGGAUCGCGAGAUUCAAACCUUUAUCCGUGAGAUUCAGCUCCUCGCCAGUUUUGACUGCCCAUAUAUCGUGUCGCUCGUGGGCGCGACGUGGAACACACCCAUGGAUCUGCAGUGCGUCAUGGAGUACAUGGACGCUGGCGACCUCCGUGACCAUUUAAGUCGGCAAGACGCGGCGUCGUUUCCGUGGUCGGCCAAAAUCACGUGUCUCCAGGCGGUCGUGCACGGUCUCGGGUACCUCCACUCGCUCUCAAUCAUCCACCGCGACCUCAAGUCCCGCAACGUGCUCCUCGAUACGAAGAAGGGCUACAAGCUUGUGGACUUUGGCAUCGCCAAGGAAGACAUACAAGCCACCAUGACGAUAGGUGUCGGGACAUUUCGCUGGAUGGCGCCCGAGGUGCUGCAGGAAACCGCGUACACGGUCGCUGCCGACGUCUACUCGUUCGGUGUGCUGCUCUCUGAGAUGGACACGCACGAGCUGCCCUACACGGAUAUCAAGAACCCGACUACGGGCAAGCCACUCGCGGACCCCGCCAUCAUUGGUCGCGUCAUGGCCGGUACGAUCAAGCCGUCGUUCACGCCUCAUGGGCCUCCGUGGGUCCGCGUCCUCGGUGAGAGCUGUCUGCAGUUCCACCCGGAGGAUCGGCCAACGAUCUACCAGAUCGCUGUUAUGUUGGAGCGAGUGAAAGCAACCAUAUAA